AUGAGCUUCCCAGAGGACUCAGGCAUCUCCCGGGCCCGUGCCAGCCCAGGGUUGCUGCUCCUGGGGCUGCUGUUCCUGACAGCUGCAGUUGCCACCACCAGCGCCAGCGCUGACCCUGAAGACGGAGCUGGGGACCUGCAGUGCCUGUGUGUGAAGACCACCUCCCGGGUCCCUCCCAAGCAGGUCACCAGCCUGGAAGUGAUCAAAGCCGGACCCCACUGCCCCACCGCCCAGCUGAUAGCCACGCUGAAGCAUGGACAGAAAAUUUGCCUGGACCAGCAAGCCUCCCCGUAUAAGAAAAUAAUUAAGAAACUUUUGGAGAUUUAGCUGUUAGCUACCUUAAUCUGUACCUUUGC